GUGGGCAAUCCAGACAAUUAAGAUACGCAUGCUAAACUUCUCUAGUAUGUCCCUGCUUGGUUCUGGAAUUACCCAAAUGCCAAAGCUAGGUUUAGAGCAGCCACUCACUGAUUAAUGUGACUCUUCACUCUCAUCCGAAUCCCUGAAAUUAACCUGAUUCAGAUGGCUGGGCCUGAUAAAAUGAGUUCUGGGUGAUCUGAUACUAAUUCUGUUAAUCGGGGGCAACAUAGUAAAUUGAAGGAUCUUUUCCUUUUGUCUUCAUGGUGUGAAAGCUUUGCUGAUGACAAUCAAUGUCAUGGAUUCUAUUAUCACAUAAUAAAAUUAUAAGAAUACAGAUGUUGGGGAUGUUUUCAUCAUGUCUCUUUGAAUGUAUAAAAGGGUUGAUAGGAACGCUCCAAGAAGCCCCGAGAAGAAGAGAAAGGAGUGAAAAUGGAAGGUCUGUACCGAGUUUUAUCGGCUUUGGUUGUUGUAGGUUUGCUCACAAAUAAAGCCUUGGCAACACAACAUGUGGUUGGAGGAAGCCAGGGUUGGGAUGAAUCAUCAGAUUAUAGCAAAUGGGCAUCUGGUCAAACAUUCGAGGUUGGCGAUCAACUUGUUUUCAAGUAUACUCCUGGCCUGCACAGCGUGGUCGAACUCCCCAACGAAAGCGCAUACAAAAACUGUGAUGUAGGCAGCGCAUUAAACUCCAUGAACAGCGGUAACAAUGUGGUGAAGUUGUCCAAGGCCGGCACACGCUACUUCGCCUGUGGAACCAUAGGCCACUGUGACCAGGGUAUGAAGCUAAAGGUUUCAACCGUCUCCGCUGAUGCAUCCUCUUCCCCAGGAUCAACUCCCCCUUCUUCUUCUUCCUCUUCCUCUUCUUCGCCUACAUCGACUUCUGCAGCUUCUGCUUCCUUCCCCUUUGCUUCCAUGCUUCCCAUGGCUUCACUUCUAGCCAUCUCUAUGCUUUCCAUGUUCUAAUAGAGCUAGCUAUGCUAUGAUUUUGUUUCGGUAUUUAAUUAAAAGUCAAUUAUCUUGGGCGUGUAAUUAAAAUGUCUGCUAUAUAUGACUCGAGAUACAGAUUACAAUUCUUGGGAUAAUGUAUUCAUUAAUGUUGAUGAUGAAUGAGGGAGGAGAGUAACAAUAAAAUAAUGCCUUACCAUCUUCA